AUGAAACCCCAGGUUGCUCUGAUUGUCCUUGGCUUGGUUAGCAGCAGCGUUGCCAUCUUGAGAAAGCUCGAUUUGCCUUUCGAGGACAAUCCCAACGUCAGUCUCCGUAGGCAGGGUAAGUGUGACCGCCGAACUAGCGUUUGCACCGAUUACAAAUGGAACAAGAAGGGUAGAACCCUAGACAAGAGAAAACAAAAGUGGGAGGAAGCCACUGCAAGCGUCGCAUGCGCUCCGAAAUCC